GUAGUUACAGUUCCCGCAAUAUAAAAAAUAAACAUUGGGAAUAAAAAAGUCUCAAAAUAAUUAAUUAAAGAUAAAAUUUAAUAAUCUUCUUUAGUAAAUAUGGGAUUUCUCACAGUGCUUAAAAAAAUGCGACAGAAAGAAAAGGAAAUGAGAAUUUUAUUACUCGGACUUGAUAAUGCGGGCAAGACAACAAUUCUCAAGCGAUUCAAUGGCGAACCUAUUGAUACAAUUUCACCAACUUUAGGAUUUAACAUUAAAACAUUAGAGCAUAAAGGUUAUACAUUAAAUCUAUGGGAUGUAGGUGGACAGAAAUCUCUUCGCUCAUAUUGGAGAAAUUAUUUUGAAAGCACUGAUGGUUUAGUGUGGGUGGUAGAUUCAGCUGACCGCAUGAGACUUGAUGCGUGUCGUGAAGAACUCAAUAUUCUCCUUCUUGAAGAGAGAUUAGCCGGAGCCACGCUUUUGGUAUUAGCAAAUAAGCAAGAUCUACCGGGCGCUCUCUCAGCUCAAGAAAUUAAAGAUAUUCUCGAACUUGACAAGAUCACAACUCAUCACUGGUCGGUUGUGGGCGUCAGUGCCGUUACGGGUGAUAAAUUAUUGAAUGCCGUGGAUUGGUUAAUUGGUGAUAUCGCGAAACGUAUCUUCACAUUAGAUUAAAUUCAAAUCUUUCGUGAAGAUAAAUUGUUCACGACACGUUUUUGUCACAUUUCAUUUUUAUAUUUUUUAUAAAUAAGCACGCAGCUACCGACGGUGUGGCACAUCACAAUGAAUCUAAUAGCAUUACAUUAUUUAAAAACAUUUUCUAUCAAAUUAAAAGAAUAAAAUGAUUCAAAAGUGCGAUCUAUGAAUUUUCUUCUUUCUGUGAUUUUUUCUGCGUUGAGCUUGAUAAAUAAUAAAAGAAAAAUUUCUUUAAUUAAAAGUUUCUAAUGCUUACUUUUCAGAAGAAU